CUACGCUGGGAGUACCGACCAUCAUGCCAGAUCGACCCAUCAAACUUCGUGUUUUGCAAGGGAAGAUGAUCUAGUGGGUAUUGAAGGUAAUGCAACCAAGCUCAAGGGGUGGCUAGUUGAUGAUUUGGAAGAAAGGAAGACGAAAAUCACCACAGUUUGGGGGAUGGGUGGAGUUGGAAAAACUACUUUAGUUGAUCAUGUCUAUAAGAUUGUGAAAGUGGAGUUUGACGCUGCUGCAUGGGUAACUGUGUCCAAGAGUUACCAAGUCGAGGAUUUGGCAAAGAAGAUUGCUAGAGAGUUCAGCAUCUCAAUUGAUUCCAGCAAUAUGGAUAUGAGAAGAGUAGUUGAUGUCAUUCGUAACCAUCUUGAAGGUAAAAGGUUUAUCUUGGUUUUGGAUGAUGUUUGGGAACAAGAUCUGUGCAUUAAUAAUAUCAUGGAAAUCUUUCCAACUAACUGUAUCAGCCGAUUUGUCCUCACAUCUAGGAACUUUGAGGUUGCGUCAUUGGCAACUAGUAACUGCACAAUUGAGCUGGAACCAUUGGGAGAAAAUCAGUCUUGGAACUUAUUCUGCAAAGUAGCUUUCCGGAAUAAUGAUGGCAAAAGGUGCCCAUCAGAGUUACUUGAUUUAGCGUUAAAGUUCUUAUAAAAGUGCGAAGGGUUGCCUAUUGCCAUUGCAUGCAUAGGCCGUGUACUGUCUUCCAGACCCCCAACAUACCUUAGAUGGGAAACUGUGUAUAAGGAGCUAGAAUGGCAUUCGUCUAAGAAUGGGAUCCAGAAUAUUGACAACAUUCUGAAAUUCAGCUUGGAGGAUCUUCCAUAUGAAUUGAAGAAUUGCUUCUUACAUUGUGCAAUAUUUCCGGAGGACUAUGUAAUGACGAGGAGGAGGUUAAUUAGGCACUGGAUUACUUCUGGAUUCAUCAAGAAAAAGGACAACGAAACACUAGAACAAGUGGCAGAGGGCUACCUGAUUGAUCUUGUAAACCGAAGCCUACUACAAGUUGUGAGGAAGAAUGAGUCUGGGAGAGUGAAACGUUGCCGAAUGCAUGAUGUUAUCCGCCGUCUCGCCAUUGAAAAAGCCGCGAAAGAACGCUUCGGUGUAGUCUACGAGGGACAUGGGACACUUGAGGUACAUGGAACACGUAGACUGUCAAUACAGAGCACCGAUAUUGCACUAAUAAAUCAGCCUGGUGCUCGACAUCUCCGUGCAGUAUAUGUUUUUAUGAGUUCUGUUGAUAUUGUUUCAUUGAAGCCUAUCCUUACAUCUUCGAUUUUAUUGUCAACAUUGGAUCUGCAAGGUACUGAAAUCAAGGUGCUGCCUAAUGAGGUAUUCAACUUGCUUAAUCUGCGUUUCUUGGGUCUUCGGGAUACCAGAAUUGAGAUUCUACCAGAGGCCAUUGGGAGGUUACAAAACUUAGAAAUACUAGACACAGCGCAUUCUUGUUUGCUAUCUUUACCAAAGGAUGUAGCAAAAGUAAACAAGCUUAGGUACCUAUAUGCGACUGUAGAGGUCACUGAAGGAUGUAUUAUCCUUCGGCGUGGAGUUAAGGUACCUGGGGGCAUAAGGAACUUGACAGGACUGCAUGUUCUGCAGAAUAUUAAAGCUAGCUCAGAGACUCUACAUGACAUUGCAGCUUUGACUGAGUUACGAAAAUUAGGAGUUGACGGUUUAACAAGUGAGCACUCGUUAAGCUUGCGUAAUGCUCUCCUGAACAUGAAGAAUCUUGUCAGUCUGGUAAUGAAAACAUCAAACGAAAAUGAAGUUUUGCCAUUGGAAGAACUCUGUUUACCAGAAACUCUUUCUAAACUUGCUCUGACAGGGCAGCUGGAAAAGGAACGGAUGCCUCGUAUUCUCUCAUCCUGGUUGCAUCCCAACAACCUCACUGAUCUGCAUCUUACGUUCUCCAAGCUUGAUGGAAAAUCAUUUUCUAACCUCAUGGUGUUGCAGAAUUUAUGCUUCCUUACCCUUUUUAAGGCUUAUGAUGGAAGGACGCUAUGCUUCUCUAGGCAGUCAUUUCCUAGACUGAGAUUCCUAAAAAUAUUGGAUGCUCCGCACCUCAACCAAGUUGAAAUAGAAGAAGAUGCACUGGGAAGCCUUGUUACCCUAAAGUUUUCAGAGUGCCCAGAAAUGAAGCGCCUCCCUCAGGGCAUUGAGCACCUCAGGGCCCUUGAUAAUAUAUAUUUGCAAAAUACUGUAUAUGAGCUUAUAGAGAUGCUCAGGAAGGAACAUGAAACUGCUGAAUGCAAGCAAGAACUUAUGAAGAUUGGCCACAUUAGAAGGGUUAUCAUUGUGUCAACUGAGAAAAACUUUUGGCGAAGAAUCAUUUUCAGAGGGAAUGAAUGAGCUGUCUAAAGGCUUGUAUGCUAGCUGCUACACCCAAAGUCAACGUACAAGGUUGCUGCUGCCUCUGUUGCGCUGCGUUGGUGGUUCAGUUCAGUACUCAGUGGUCACUGGUCAGGGAACAUGCAUUGAGCUACUGAGCAAGGAGGCAUAGGCCGUUUACUUAAGCAAAUUAGUUUGAAAAUUAAGCGCUAACAAUGUUCUAAUUUAUGUGAUCCACGCCAUUUACGCUUGGCAUUGAUCUGAACAUAAAAGGCUGUGCCUGGUGCAGAGAACAAACAGUGCUUUGCUUUGGAUUUGUGUUUAGUCAGUGGUCGGAAUGGAUUAUAUUGGCAGAUUGGCUUGAUGUCCAUGGGUGAGGCAUC